UUAUCCUCUACCAAGAUGGCAGCCUCCUCGCCCCUUCCUCUCCCCAACCGCUUUACCAAGAUGGCAGUCAUCGGAAGUGCGUUACGAGAGCUGUGCGCGCAAGAUCCGAGCCGGAUUUCCGCAAACCAGCCCCAAGGCUCUUCCUUUAACAAGAUGGCGGCGGGAAGCAAUGGCGGUGGCGCUGGACACUGCUCGAAAAGCAAUGCUGAUUCUGGCUUCCUGGGGUUGCGACCCACUUCGGUGGACCCGGCUCUGAGGCGGCGGCGGCGCGGACCCAGAAAUAAGAAGCGGGGCUGGCGGAGGCUGGCUCAGGAGCCGCUGGGGCUGGAAGUUGAUCAGUUCCUGGAGGACGUGAGGCUGCAGGAGCGCACAACCGGUGGUUUAUUGUCAGAGGCCCCUGAUGAAAAACUUUUCUUCGUGGACACUGGCUCCAAGGAAAAAGAGCGGAACAGGAAGAAGACUCGGGUCCAGAAGAAGUCGCUGCUUCUCCAGAAACCCCUGCGGGUGGACCUUGUCCUUGAGAACACAUCCAAGAUCCCUGCCCCCAAAGACAUCCUCGCUCACCAGGUGCCCAAUGCCAAGAAGCUCAGGCGGAAGGAGCAGCUGUGGGAGAAGCUGGCGAAGCAGGGCGAGCUGCCCCGGGACGUGCGCAGGGCCCAGGCCCGGCUUCUCCACCCUCCCGUGGCCAGGACCAAGCCUGGGCCCGAGGACACCAUCCAGCGGCCCUUCUAUGACCUCUGGGCCCCGGACAACCCUCUGGACAGGCCAUUGGUGGGCCAGGAUGCCUUUUUCCUGGAGCAGACCAAGAAGAAGGGCGUGAGGCGGCCACCUCGUCUCCACGUCAAGCCGUCCCCGGCACCUGCUGUGGAGGUGACACCUGCGGGAGCCUCCUACAACCCGACCUUUGAAGACCACCAGGCCCUGCUCUUGACGGCCCACGAAGUGGAGCUGCAGCGGGAGAAGGAGGCGCAAAAGUUAGAGCGCCGGCUGGCCCUGCCCGCCACCGAGCAGCUGGCAACCCAGGAGUCCACGUUCCGGGAGCUGUGCGAGGGGCUGCUGGAGGAGUCUGACGCGGAGGCCGAGCAGGGCCCGGGCGAGGAGCCGGAGGCCGGAGGGGCUGAGGCCUCACCACCUGGCCGCCUGGCCGCCGGGGAGAAGAAAACCGAGCAGCAGCGGCGGCGCGAGAAGGCAGCGCGGAGGCUGAGGGUGCAGCAGGCAGCGCUGCGGGCCGCACGGCUCCGGCACCAGGAGCUCUUCCGGCUGCGGGGGAUCAAGGCCCAGGUGGCCCGGCGGCUGGCGGAGCUGGCACGGCGACGGGAGCAGCGGCGGAUUCGCCGGCUGGCAGAGGCGGACAAGCCCCGCAGGCUGGGGCGGCUCAAGUAUCAGGCUCCAGACAUUGACGUGCAGCUCAGCGCUGAACUCUCGGGCUCGCUCCGGACCCUGAAGCCCGAAGGCAACGUCCUGCGAGACCGCUUCAAGAGCUUCCAGAGGAGGAACAUGAUCGAGCCUCGGGAACGGGCCAAGUUCAAGCGCAAGUACAAAGUGAAACUGGUGGAGAAGCGGGCAUUCCGAGAGAUCCAGUGA